AUGGACAACUUGACUCCUGGUGAACAACGCACCUUCAUGCUGGGCCUUCUCUGCUCCACCGAUGGCCUGAACAAUAUCAAGGUUGAUUAUGACAAAUUGGCUGAAAAGGCUGGUUUUAAGAAUGCCGCCAGUGCCUCUGUCCUCUUCAACAAGUCUCGGCGCAAGAUCCUGUCUGCCUUGACCGAGGAUGGCACAAUUGCUCCUACCAACAGCAGUCCAAAAAAGGCUGGUGAUAAAGUCACCAAACCCCGUAAAUCCUCUGCAAAGGGAAAAGGCACUGCCACUGCCACUGAUGAGGAGCCGAACGGCAACUCGGACACCCAGGCCAGCCCUGUCAAACCUCCCAAGGCUAGGGGAGGGAAAGGAAAAGCUGGGGGGAAAGUGAAGACCAAUCCUAUGAUGACGGCACCCAUCAAGCAUGAAGUGUUGGUAAAGGAAGAGCCCGUUUACGAAGACUUUGCCAAAGGUAUAAUUAAUGGCACAUUCUAUCCCUACUCAGACAUAGCACUAAACACUCUUUGGGCAGUAGAAGCUUUCUCCAGCGGCAAUGGGUCUACUGGAAGCCCUCUGGACUCUGAGGUCGAUGGCGAAACCAUCUAG